AUGCAAAUUGUUUUUGUUUUGUACAUUAUUUUCAAUGCUAUAUCUACAUUUUCUAUUAGCACACUUAUCCAAGAAAAUCUAGCAUACAAAAAUAUUGUUUCUGGAUGUCAUUAUCAGUCAUAUUGUAUUAGAAGAAUUUUGGAUGUUGAAAUACUAUAUGGUUUUAAAAGUAGUCAAUAUUAUGCUUUUACAUUUCACUUAUUUUUCAGUUUAACUAACGGAUAUGUUGUAACCAUAUUGCUACAAAACUUUAAAAAACACACUUUACUUUUUUUUGUAUUUACAUUGCUUUCACUAAUAAGUCAAAUUAUUUUAUAUUAUCUUAUUUAUUUAUAUAAUCAAAUGAUCACAGUAUUUUUAAUAUAUGGACUUAAUCCUGAUAAUAGUUUACUUCAGUUAAAUUAUUCAUUAGCUUUAAUAAUUAUUCAAUUUUUAUUAAAUAUGGUUUGUUUGUUAUUUUCAAUUAUCUUUAAAGACAAAGUAAAAUAA